AUCUAAGCAACAAGGAACUGACCACAGAACAUUUGUCUUUCCAAGCUUAAUAGUCUCAAGCAGAGACAAUAGCAGCUGCUCCAGCUGUUCACCUUACUUCCUUGGGAGAUGACUUUGCAAAAUGCUUUAGUUGGAUCUUGGUACAACAGUGGUUUCUAUGGCCACUACAGAGGGCAAUUCAAGUAUGAAUUAGCUCAGGAGUACCGUCUGGCAGCCAAGCCCCAGCCUCCAGCAGUGUUCCUACAAAGAAUCAAGGAACCACCAAAUAAACAUUUAUUCUCCAAACAUGACAAUCGUGGUGUCUUUGAUACAGGAAUAGGGAAAAAGAAGGCUUGGGAGAAACUCAAGAAGAAAUGCAAUGUUCUCAACUGGUCUUGUGAUGAUGAAGCACAGAAACCCCUUGUUACCAGUUACCAGAAACACUACUCCCUGAAGGAGUCAGGUGACACAGAGGGGCCAAUUUUUCAGCCACUAGUCCACUAUUUUCAGUCCGGAUCCCCAGAGUGCAUGAACUUCAAUCGAAUACCUAGCACCACUUACCAGCACAACUUCGGCCUUCACCUUGUAAACCAGGUGCCAGAUGAGAAGAUUAACAAGGAAGUUUCUGAGACCAAGGAAAAACUGGCCAUUUCUCAGCUUUGUGAAACCAAAGAAAAACUGGGGAUGUCUCCUUGCCCUGCCCCGAGCUCUCUCCCCGAAUCUUUGCCAGACCUUCCUUUAACAACAACCAAUCGUAAGAAAACAGAGCCCCUCCUGCACCUCACUGUGUCUGACUGUUUAUGUUGGCUUGAUCCAUUAAAGAAAGUACAUUAGUCCUUGUUCUUUGCCAUAGCA